AACAACCCACAGUCUCCUCCUCGGAGGGCCAUGGGGGAGGAGGCUUUUGAGUGAGAGUAAGAAAGAAGGGAGGCUGAAGGAAGGGGAGCCAGAGGUGGGAGUGGAAGAGGCAGCUUCGCCCAGGGCUGAUUGGCUCCCGAGGCCAGCCCUCUCGAAGCGGUUUAUAAGAGUUGGGGCGUCCGGGCGUCCAGCCCGCUCGCCCGCGCGCCCGGAGCAGCGCCCGGCUCUGAGCGCUCCCGGUCGAGGCCCGCCUGGCCCCGCGCCGGCUUUGGAGUUGGCCGCGGGCACUUGAGCGAGCGGAGAAGCAAGAAGGAGGGGAGCGCCCGAGAGAGCGGGCGGAGCGCCAUGCGCCGCGCCAGCCGAGACUACACCAAGUACCUGCGUGGCCCCGAGGAGAUGGGCAGCGGCGGCUCCAGUGCCCCGCACGAGGGCCCCCUGCACGCCCCGCCGCCGCCCGCGCCGCCCAUCCCGCACCAGCCCGCCGCCGCCUCCCGAUUCAUGUUCGUGGCCCUCCUGGGACUGGGGCUGGGCCAGGUCGUCUGCAGCGUCGCCCUGUUCCUCUACUUCCGAGCGCAGAUGGAUCCCAAUAGAAUGUCAGAAGAUGACACUCACUGCAUUAAUAGAAUUUUCAAACUCCAUGAAAACACAGAUUUGCAAGAUACAAGUCUGGAGAGUCAAGACACAAAAUUAAUACCUGAUUCGUGUAAGAGAAUUAAACAGGCCUUUCAAGCAGCUGUGGGAAAGGAAUUACAGCAUAUUGUUAGAUCUCAACACAUCAGAGCAGAAAAACCUAUGGUGGAAGGCUCAUGGUUAGAUCUGGCCAGGAGGAGCAAGCCUGAUACUCAACCUUAUGCUCAUCUCACUAUUAAUGCCACUGACAUCCCAUCAGGUUCCCACAAAGUGAGUCUGUCCUCCUGGUACCAUGACCGAGGUUGGGCCAAGAUCUCCAACAUGACUUUCAGCAAUGGAAAACUAAUAGUCAACCAAGAUGGCUUUUAUUACCUGUAUGCCAACAUUUGCUUCCGCCAUCAUGAAACUUCGGGGGACCUCGAUACGGAGUAUCUUCAGCUGAUGGUCUAUGUCACUAAAACCAGUAUCAAAAUCCCAAGUUCUCAUACCCUGAUGAAAGGAGGAAGCACCAAAUACUGGUCAGGGAAUUCUGAAUUCCAUUUUUACUCCAUAAAUGUUGGAGGAUUUUUUAAAUUACGGUCUGGGGAGGAAAUAAGCAUCGAAGUGUCCAACCCUUCACUACUGGAUCCAGAUCAAGAUGCCACGUACUUUGGGGCUUUUAAAGUUCGGGAUAUAGAUUGACCCCCAUUUUGUGGAGCAUAUUGUGUAUUUCCUGGGGUGUAUGGGAACUUACCUGUUAAACAAGCCAAGAAAGAUGUACAUAGGUGUGUGAGACUACUAAGAGGUAUGACCUACGUGGUAUAAGAAGACUCUAUCCAGCUUCUGACUCUGUAGAGAGCAUGUGUAUUUAUAGCCAAAGGAAGAUGUUAGACUCAAGGUGUGUUACAGUCUGAAGGCUUUCUUACACAAUGGUUUUAAAUUUUGUAAUGAAUUCCUGGAAUUAAACCAGAUUGGAGCAGUUAUGGUUGCCUUUAUGGAAAACUGCAAUUGGGCCACAGGAGGGGUUAAUUCUCUGGAUCUAGCCCUUUUUUAUGUGCCACUAUGCAGCUGAAGUAGAGAGGGUGUUAUCUAACUGCAAAGGGAUGAGCAUCUAAAGCAGCGGUUCUCAACCUGUGGGUCGCGACCCCUUUGGCGGUCGAACAACCCUUUCACAGGGGUCGCCUAAGACCAUCCUGCAUAUCAGAUAUUUGCAUUACAAUUCACAACAGUAGCAACAUUGCAGCUAUGAAGUAGCAAUGAAAAUAAUUUUAUGGUUGGGUUACAACAUGAGGAACUAUAUUUAAAGGGCCAGAAGGUUGAGAACCACUGAUAAAGGGUUACGUUCUUUUGAAUUGUUACAUCAUGCUGGAACCUGCAAACAAAUACUUUUUUCUAACAAGGAGAGAAAAUAUAUGUAUUUUUAUAUAAUAUCUAAAGUUAUAUUUCAGAUGUAAUGUUUUCUGUGCAAAGUAUUGUAAAUUAUAUUUGUGCUAUAGUAUUUGAUUCAAAAUAUUUAAAAAUGUCUUACUGUUGACAUAUUUAAUGUUUUAAAUGUACAGACAUAUUUAACUGGUGCACUUUGUAAAUCAGCUGGGGGAAAAUUGCAGCUAAGGGAAAAAUAUUGUUUGUUAAUAUCAACUGUAUUAUAUUUCUUCAUUCUUUUUAACUUAAUAGAUUUUUCAGACUUGUCAAGUCUGUGCAAAAAAAAUAAAUAAUAAAAUGGAUGCCUUGAAUAAUAAGCAGAAUGUUGGCCACCAGGUGCCUUUCAAAUUUAGAAGCUAAUUGACUUUAGAAAGCUGACAUCGCCAAAAAGGGUACAUAAUGGGAGACUGGAAUCUGUUGAGAGUAUUUAUAUAAUUAUUGAAUAGGUUUUUUUUUCUACAAGUGCUGCAAAUUGUAAAUUUUGUUUUUAUUUUAAAUGGAAAAUAGAUCAGUGGCUUAUCAGCAAAAGAAAACUUUUUUUAAUUGAGCGAGCAUUAUUUUAUACUGUACAAUAAAAACAUUGCCUUUGAAUGUUAAUUUUUUUGGUACAAAAAUAAAUUUAUAAGGAAA